AUAGGUACCAGAGGGAAAGCAAGCCCCAGACGGCCAUGAGCUCAUCGUAGACUAUUGGGAGCUCAUCGGUCCUGCACCACCAGGGGGUAUAGACAACGUGCUGAACGAAGAAGCUGGAGUCGAAGUGAUGCUGGACAACAGGCAUCUUGUUAUACGCGGCGAGAACGCUUCCAGAAUUUUGCGGAUCCGAGCUGCGGCAACUAGAGCGAUGCGCGAGCACUUUUAUCACGCAGGUUAUACGGAAAUGUGCCCACCAACUCUGGUGCAGACGCAGGUGGCUUAUUGA